GGCGGGGCGAGUGGGCGGGGCCUCGCCCUGGGACGUGCGUUUUGCGUUCUGGGCGCGCGGCCUCGGCCAAUGAGACUCGGGCUUCGUCACAAGGCGCGCUCCUCGCGGGCGGCCCGGCCUGCCCGCGCCCCCAGCUGCCGGCGCCGCGCUCGCCUUGCCCGAGGCCCCUGGGCCGAGCCUGGCCGCCCGGCAUGGUGGACUACUACGAGGUGCUGGGCGUGCCCCGCCAGGCCUCGUCCGAGGCCAUCAAGAAGGCCUACCGCAAGCUGGCCCUCAAGUGGCACCCGGACAAAAACCCUGAGAACAAGGAGGAGGCGGAGAGGAGGUUCAAACAGGUGGCCCAGGCCUACGAGGUCUUGUCCGACGCCAAGAAAAGGGACGUCUACGACCGCUGCGGCGCGGCGGGAGUGGAGGGCCGCGGCGGCGGCAGGCCCUUCGAACGCCCCUCUGAGGGCGUCUUCAGCUUCCGCGACCCGGCCGAGGUCUUCAGGGAGUUCUUCGGGGGCUGGGACCCGUUUUCCUUUGACUUCUUCCCAGACCCUCUUGAGAACAUUAUGGGGGGUCGGAGGAGCUCCCGAGUGAGCAGAAACAGAGGGUCUGCACCCCUUUUCUCCACCUUCAGUGAAUUUCCAGCAUUCAGAGGUGGUGUUUCUUCUUUUGAUACAGGAUUUACUUCCUUUGCUUCCUUGGGGAAUGGGGGCCUUUCUUCCUUCUCCAUGUCUUGUGGUGGUGGCGGUGGUGGGAGGGGCACCUUUAAAUCCGUGUCGACUUCCACCGAAAUCAUUAAUGGCAAAAAGAUCACCACCAAGCGAAUCAUUGAGAAUGGCCGAGAGAGGGUAGAAGUGGACGAAGACGGAGAGUUAAAGUCCCUGAUAAUAAAUGGCAAAGAGGAGCUGCUGCGCAUUGACCCCAGGUGAUUCCGAUCCACAUUUAAAUUCCAGCACAUUUCGAGGAAUAGAAGGAUGUUCUCUCUCUCUUUUUUUUUUUUUUUUUUUUUUUGACGAUAGCAGGUGAA